AUGAAGGCUCUGGCUAGACUCUCUCCAGCAGCCGACGGAACAGCGAGACGGCUGGACUUGCUUCGCGCCCUUUGGCUUCUCCGCUUACCAGAAAAUAUUCGUGCAAUCAUCCCCAACGCGGAAGAGAUGGAUGAAGCCGACCUGCAGGAGAAGGCGGGCCAACUAAAUGAUGCACACGCGGCGGCAGCCCGUCACACCAACACAGUGCCCCCCGUCUCAACAGCGCCCCCGCCAAACGAGGACGACAUUGCAGUGGUCAACUGUACUCCACGCGUCCGCCGGCAACCAGUUCGGCCACGACUCGAGGAACUGCAAACCAGGUUGCUCCUGGCCAAAAAACGUGUAGGGUGGCCGCCGCCUAUCGCGCGGCCCGCUCGCUCCUGCCAGCCUGUCAUCAGACUCACGGCAGCCAAUGACACACCGAUCCUCACAUACGGCCGCAAACAUCUCAACAUCCGCAUCGGCAGCCGUACGUAUGGAUGGAGCUUCGUGGUGGCCGACGUUACCCUCCCCUUGCUUGGAGCAGACUUCCUGGCCCACUACCAGCUCCUCGUCGACGUCUCCAGUGGCAGAUUAGUCGAUGCAGCUUUCCUCGCCGCCACCCCCAUCGCCGCUGCCCCGGACAACCUCGCCCUUCAACAACCUCAAGCUCCAGCCAAGCACGGGAUCUAUCACCAUAACAAGAGAGCAGGCCCUCCAGUGUUCUCCAAGUUUCGUCGGUUAUCAUCCGACAAACUCGCCGCGGCAAAGCAGACCUUCGCAGAACUGGAGCGCCUAGACAUAUGUCAAAAGGCGCCAAGUCCUUGGACCACUACCCGCUGCCUUCCUUCACGGCGCCAAGAUUUUUCCAAGCUCGAUCUACUGAAGGAGUAUUACCAAGUACCAAUGCACCCAGAAGACACCCCCAAAACUGCCGUCACCACGGCUUUUGGUACUUACAUUUUCAACUACAGCUAUUUUGGUCUCAGAAACGCCGUAGCCACCUUUCAGCGGAUGAUGGAUGGCAGCUUGGGUGAUUUAUCCUUCUGCGUCUGCUACAUCGACGACAUCUUCAUUUUCUUCUCCUCCAAACAGGAACAUCUGAGACACAUCUCUACAGAUUUAGACCGCCUGCAGCAGAGUGGCCUUCCUGGGGCACCGCCUCUCUCCCGCAGGUGUCUCCCCCUACCCCGACAAAGUUGCGGCAGUCAAGCAAUUUCCCACGCCAUCCUCAGUCAAGACCCUCUAAGAGUUCGUGGGAUGGUGAACUACUAUCACCGCUUGCUGCCCGGCAUCGCAUCCAUCAUGGAAACCUUGUACACUGCACUUGCAGGGAAACCCAAGGACCUGACGUGGGGUCCCCCUCAAGCGCAUGCAUUUCAUAAGGCCAGGGAAGCUUUCGCCGUGUCAGCCCUCCUCGUUUUUCCCACCCCGGGGAAUCCCCUUCUCACCACAGACGCCAGCAACAUCGCUAUCAGAGCUGUCCUCGAGCAGGUGGUCAGAGGACUGCCCCGCCCUCUGGGUUUCUUCAGCCGCAAGCUACUGAAGGCCGAAAAGAACUACUCAACCUUCGAUAGAGAGCUCCUCCCCGUUCACCAAGCUGUCCGCCAUUUCCGCCAUUUUCUUGAGGGCAACACCUUCACGAUUCAGACGGAUCACAUGCCCCUAGUCUAA